AAUUUCAAUUUUACCGCGGGGCCCAGGGCAAGUGCCCCGUUUGCCCGGUGAUAAUGGCGGUACUGUUGAUAGAAAUCUGAAAUCGUACGCGCAGUCGCGUCUUCAAUACAUGAAGGAAUUAUCCCUUAGGAAAGGAUGCUGAUCUUAUUUUAGUUGUACAAAAUAAUUCAUUGUCUAUAAGUAAAAUUCACUUGACGUUUAUUUCUUAAAUAAUUGGAAAAAUGCAUCUGAAUCUAACAUAAGCUCUUUCAAGUGUAAAUUGUGAAAAACGCAGUGUUCGUGUCUUGCGAUUUUGGAAUAUUGAUCGUGUAACAAAAUUAAAGAUUCGUGCUUCAAAUACGUAUUUAACUGUGAAAAUUAAGUUUUGAAAUGAAAGAUGGAAUAUGAUUAAAGAAUACUUACUUGUUUACCAAAAACGUGACUGCUACACUUCACAGAAAAUUACUUGUUAAAUGAAAAUGAAAAUUAUACUGUGUUUAUCACUUAAUCAGUAAUAAUUAUUUUAUUUUUUCACUAAAUUAGGUGAAUUGUUUUAUAAGCUUCAUUUUGUGAUAUAAUACAGUGUUAGUUGAAUGUUUAAAGUACCAUCAACAGCAAUGUUUAUUUAAAUUUUCUUUUAUAUAGUGUAUUCUGUCAUUUUGUGUUUUCCAUAACUUGUUUGAAAUGUGUAAUUGUAAGUCUUGUAAAAAAAUGACCAAUGAGUCUGUUAGAUAUUGGUUUAGAUCCUGAUAAAUAUGAUGUUGAUAUAGUACUCUAUUUUUGUUUAUAUUAUGAGGAACUAAAGUUUUUUAAGCUUGGAUAUGGUAACUAUGAAUUCUGAAAAAUCGGCAUGUCGCCGAAAACCGAAUGAAAACAGUGAUGUCGGAGGAACAACAGAACGACUGAGAAGCAGAGAUACUCAAAUAAUUCAAUAUAACAAUCAACACGAUGAAGCAGUUGACAAAUCUCCUAGUAGUCCAACAUAUCAUAUCACUGCCUCGUGUGUCGAAGAUACACCAAAUUUUCUUGUGUAUCAGAAAAUGGAAAGUAUCGUAGAAAAAAUGUCAGAUGAAGUUUCAGGUGUCCCAGUGAAAACAGUUAAGAAUUUUAUGACAAAAACACCUUCUGUUUUUACUGGUACAGAUUUAAUAUCUUGGAUGAUGAAAACCAUGGUUAUAGAUGAUCAAGAAGCACUUCAUGUAGCACAUCUUAUGGCAUCCCAUGGAUACUUUUUCCCCAUCGAUGACCACUGCCUUACUGUAAAAAAUGACAAUACUUUCUACAGGUUUCAAACACCAUAUUUUUGGCCAUCAAAUUGCUGGGAACCAGAGAAUACUGAUUAUGCUGUUUAUUUAUGUAAACGUACAAUGCAGAAUAAAACUCGUUUAGAAUUAGCGGAUUACGAAGCCGAGAAUUUGGCUAAGUUGCAAAAGAUGUUUUCACGAAAGUGGGAAUUUAUCUUUAUGCAAGCAGAAGCACAAAGUAAAGUUGACAAAAAAAGAGACAAAUUAGAGCGAAAGGUAUUAGAUAGUCAAGAAAGAGCUUUUUGGGAUGUAUACAGACCAAUGCCGGGAUGCGUUAAUACAACAGAAUUAGAUAUCAAGAAGGCGUGCCGCACAUAUAAACCGAUUUCAAGAUCAAAUAAGCAUUUACAACUCGGUAUAAGUGGUAGUCAAAUUUCUCCACAUUCAGAAUCAUACGCAAUGUCUUCAGUAGAUGUCCUAAAUAAAGAAAUUGAAAUGUUGAAGUCUAGAUUAGAUAGAACAAACAUAAAGGUUUCAAAAGUUUCUGAAGCUUUAAUAGCAUAUUUUGAGCAGUAUGUAGAGUAUGAUCCCUUUUUCAUACAACCUGAGCUCACAAAUCCAUGGAUAUCAGAUAAUUCAGAAAUGUGGGAACAAGAAAGAUUAGCAAAAGAAGUAUCUACAAGAAGAGUAAAAAGAUGGGCUUUUAGUUUGCAAGAACUGUUACAAGAUCCUGUUGGUAGAGAACAGUUUAUACGGUUCCUGGAUAAAGAAUUUAGUGGUGAAAAUUUAAAAUUUUGGGAAGCUGUUCAGGAAUUGAAGGCUUUACCACAAAAAGAAGUUCAGACUAAAGUGAACGAAAUCUGGAAUGAGUAUUUGGGUCCAGAUGCUAGUUGUCCGAUUAACGUCGAUUCUCAGUCUUACGAAAUAACAAAGAAGAAUUUACAGAAAGCUGAUCGAUGGUGUUUUGACAUUGCAGCGGCACACGUUUAUCAUCUGAUGAAAAGCGAUAGUUACUCCAGGUAUCUUCGUUCGGAAAUGUACAAAGACUUUCUCAAUGGCUCGAAGAAAAAGGCAUUCUUCAACCUUUUGUUAAUUCGACUUUUAACUGCAGCCUUACUUCCAACAUUACGUCGGUAAAAGGUAUUCGUUCAAUUGUGUCGUUCAGCGGACGCAGGGACACGACGGCUACAUCGUAAUCGCUGCUCCAUAAAUUUUCUUGGUUGUGGAAAUUUCUCAAAACUUCGUGUUAGGUUCUUAUUCGCAAAAGAGUUUGAAGAGGAUCAUUAUUCAUUAAAGUACUAUUAGAUGUAUCCAUUCUUCAUUGAA